AGUAAAGUUGCCUUUGUACCUCGUCUUACUACAGGGAAGUUAAGUGAAGGACAGGCUGCUAAAAUGACAGGCGGCAUAGGCGAUAGUUCAGGCAAGGUCCUGACCCUCGAUGAUCUCAUCGAGGCGAUGGACAAGCGGGAAAGAACGCCGAGGAGUGUCCCCAAAGUCGACACCUUCCACUUCAAUGGGGAACGGGUCUCUGAAUGGUUGGACCUAGUGGAGCAAGCCUUGGUGGGAGUACCAGACGAGACGAAAUUCAAACGCAUCCUGCAGUAUGUGCUCCAUAAGCACCAUCCGAAAGUACGGAAGGUGGUCGACGACGCCAACGGCGACUGGGCUAAAUUUAAGGAAGGAAUGCAGCGGAAGUAUAGGUUGGGGGAUGGCCUGCUGACUAUGGCGGACCUAGAGGCAACGAAUAGGGACGACUUCACCACCAUUGGGGCAUUCCUGCAAGAAUUCAAAAAGAAGGCGAGAAAGGUACAUGGGAUAUCAGAGGAGGCGCAGUGCGCCGUCUUCCUGGGAUUGCUCACCGCAUCUGAGACAGUUGAGCUAACAAGCCAUGGGGGAGGAAAUGCCAAACUUAUCUGGGCCACCAUUGACAGAGGGGUGGAGGUUGGAGGCCUCGACCAGGUCGAGCAGCACCAGGUGAGGCUGCAGAGGCAGAAGCGGAAGGAUAGGGAUGCGGCUGGGUCGCCAGGAGUAAAGAAGAUCAUAGCCGACGUAUUAGCAGGGCUUGACCCGGUGAUACAGCGGAAGGUGACGGCGGCAGUCCAGGAAAAAGGCAAGGGGGCCGUGGUAGAGGAGGCUACCCAGGAGGGAUGGGAAGAGGAGGAGCCGGUACCUCCACACCUUACGAAGGCGCAGCGUAAGCAGCGCAAUCUAGCACAAGGCGAACAAGGGUCAGGAAAGGGCCAGGCGCCUCAAGUAGUGGUAGCGGCAUCUCCGAGCUCAUCCGGGCCGUCAAGUAGUGCGGGCCCGUCGCAAGCACCAGUGUCACCAUUUGGGCACUGGUCGUGGCCCCUAGUUAACACCUAUGUACCCUGGGGUGGCCCAACGCCGUCUGGACAGGUAAUACCCUAUGCUGGGCCCCAGACAACAUGCGGGAAUUACGAAGUGAUUACCUGCCGGAACACUGGGCCAAGGAGCCUCAGGAACAGGCCCAACCCUGACUCCUUCACGAUUGAGGAGUCAGAAGACGCGCAUCGGAGGCUUAUGGCAGAGCCCGAGGACGAAGUAGAAGGUGAGGCCUUCUCGCUCAGCCUGUCGGAUGUGGGAAAGGCCACGGAUAUAGUGGCCACGCACGAGAUGGCCGAUCCGGAUGCCAUUCAGGCGUUGAGGGAGCAGGUUCAGGAGUAUCCCCAGGAAAGAGCCCUGAUGGUGGAGCUGAUGAAGAAAAGACAUCGCGCCUAUGCGUUCAGCGACGAGGAGCGUGGCAGGUUGGAUGUGGACAAGAUUCCAAUGAUCCGCAUCCAUACCUUGUCGCACGAGCCAUGGAACCUAAGAGGGGCGCGAUACCCGGAUCCGGUCGAAGAGAAGAAGGUAGUGGACUACCUCGAUGGCAAAAUACGUACGCACGUCGCCGACUACUCAAGCGGACCCUACGCAUCCCCGUGGUUUUGCUUUAUUAAGCCCAAUGAGACACUAAGGUGGGUACAGGACUUGCAGAGACUGAAUGCGGUGACAGUGCGGGACGCAGGUGGGCUACCAAAUGCUGAUGCCCUGUCGGAAUCAUGCGCUGGGACGCCGAUAAUUUCGCUUAUUGACCUCUAUUCCGGAUAUGACCAAUUUUCGGUCUACCCGCCGGACCGACCAGUGACGGCUAUGCACACGCCUCGAGGGCUUAUCCACAUGAAUGUGGCUCCACAAGGGUGGACGAAUGCGGUGGCAAUGGUCCAGAGGAAUAUGAUCCGGGUCAUGCAGACAAUUAGUCCACACAUCACGCAGCCAUACAUCGAUGACCUGGCAGUGAAAGGGCUGCGAAAAAGGGAAGACGAUGAGGUCCUACCUGGAGUAAGGCGGUUUGUCUGGAGGCACGUUCAGGACCUUGAUAAAGUCCUAGGCUUGCUUGAGGAGUACAACCUUACGGCCAGUGGGCUUAAGUCUAAGCACUGUAUGAAGAAAGCGACUAUCUUGGGGUUCGUCUGUAAUGAGAACGGCUGGCGACCGGAUGUUAAGAAGACGGAUAAGAUAGUUGAGUGGCCGGUGCCAUUCCAUUCUGUAACAGAUGUAAGGAGCUUCCUAGGUACGUGUGGGUUUUGGAAGUCCUUCGUCAAGAACUUUGUGGCAAAAACAGAGCAAUUAAGGACGCUGGUCCGGCAGGAUCAGGAGUGGACCUGGGGUGAGGAUCAUGAAGAGGCUGUGGCCAACAUCAAAGAGGAGUUCCGGGAAGGAGGAUUGGUGCUAGGAGCGCCCGAUUAUGACGCUACGGAGACGAGACCAUUCAUUGUGGAGACCGAUGCAGGACCGACGGCCUUGGGUGGAGUUCUAAUCCAAGCAGACAUCAAGGGGAAGGAGAGGUCGUUGCGCUUUGAGAGUUGCACACUAUGUACGUCAGAGAGAAACUACUCCCAAUUCAAGAGGGAAACUCUCGCCGUCCUUUAUUGUCUGCGGAUUUUUCGAAACUACAUCUUCGGCAGGAGGUUCAUCUUGAGGGUAGACCCAACGGCUCUCGCCUUCUCCCUGAGGAAUUAUGUUCCGUCCGAUCCAACAGUUGCCAGGAAACUGGACAAGAGGUGGUUGGGUCCCUAUCGGAUCGUGCGAUGCGGAGAGUUCGGCGCAUACCAGAUCGAGGAACUGAAUGGAACAGAGUGGAAAGACUGGGUGUCAGGGACGAGGUUGAAGAAAUUUGUGGCCAGAGAAGAGGCGGAAAGAGUUUUGGCCAGACGGAUCAGGGAUAUGGCCCGAGAUUGGGAUGGUUGUAGAGCGCACUUGAGGGCGGCAUUCCGGCAGCCAGAACCACCUCAGCCUAGAGUCGAAAGGCACCUCAGGAGCGGCAGGCAGAGGGAACCUGAGCCCGCUGAAAACCGAACCUCGCGGAGAGGACGGAAGGCGCUUGCUAGGCGGGAAGAGGAGGACGUGCCUGAGGCAGAACGACGGGGGGAGCACCCCGAGGGUGGACUGGGGCCAAUGGAGUUCCACCACUAUACUGGAGGAGGACUGGGGGGACCGCCUCAGCAUAUACAGGAAGAGAUACCGGCCUUUGAAGGGUCAUUGCAAGAGUUAGAGGCACACCUAGACGCUGCCCAGUGGAGAGAGCCGCCGAUGAGUGAGGGGCGCAUUGAGGCCAUCGCGGGAGUACCACAAGAGAACGUCCCAGACCCUGAACAAGAGGAGGGGCCGAGUGCUACGAAAGACCGGAUUGGGGACGAGAUCAUAGAAGUUGAGGAAGACACUCCCCCUCAGGGACCAGCCGUGGGGCUGAGGCUCGGUAGUCCACUCGAGAGCCCGCCAGAUACGAGGAAGAAAGUACAAAGGGAGGAAGUCUCGAUCUCGGUGCCGGAGACAGCCCUAUCGCCGACAGGAAUGGAGGCAAGUGAGGCGGAGGGGGCCAGUCUGAGAAGGGAGGCAGACAGUCUGACCGAUAGCCAUCUGGCCGCCCACGCCCUGGAGCAGCAUAAUCUGGAAGAAUACAUACCUAUGGAGUCACCUCGGGAACCAGGGUUGACGACCCCAGGCAAGGCAGAGGUCGAAACCUCACAGAGAGCUGAUGAGUAUUUGGAUCAGAGGAUUCGCUCCGUAUCCAAGACCUCCUUCAACAGGUAUAGGAUGUUGGAGGCGGAUCUGAGAGGGAAGGAGCUGCAUGAAGCAGGGUUGGAGUCACGGUUGGGGACCCUUGAGGCAGAAGUCYGUGAGCUCAGGGCUCUGGUGACUAGCCAGGCCGCCACCAUCCURGAAUUGAGGCAGCAACUUCAUGGCARCAAGGAUGRGGCGGAAGGMAGCAGGCCAGGGGGGCAGAKUCAGCCAAKACAUGGCGUAUCGGAGCARCCAGCGGUGGCGGAGCCUCAGCAAGAGGCACCUAUGGGAAGAGUCAUUUUGGAGCCUGAGGAGGCAGAGGCCAAGAGGAAGGCUGAGAGGGAAGCCUUCGAAUUCAGAGCCCCUACGGAGCUUGCGGUGCUACCCACAAUGGUUGCGGACCCUGCCAUGCCACCGUCACUUGGGGAGAGACUGCCCUCGGCCAGUGAUGAGCCUCCCCAAGGCUCGACAGGAGGAUCCUUGGAAGUGCUACUGGAAGCAGUCCACUCUAUGCAGGAGGAUGCUGGCUUGUUUUCACCAGAGUCCAAGUUGGAAGAGCCCCUGGAGAGCGAGAUGGGAAGUGCAAUAGAGGGCAUCAUCGCAGGCAGGCCCCAGAGGUUGGAUACUCCUGACUAUGAGCCAGAGGGAGCAAGGGCGCAACCAGGGCCCAGUCCGCGAGAGUCGGAGGCAGGCUCUGAGAGACCCAGAGAUGUGCCUCAGUGCCAUGAGUUGGACGGAGAAGCCAGGGAAACCCCAUCGCCAGCAGGGCCCCAGCGGAAGGAGAAAAGGCCUAGGAAGCCGUUUGACUCGACCUGCUUCUAUUGUACGAAGGAAGAGCACAGGGCAUUGCAGUGCCUCAAAUUCCUGAAGGACCAGGCAGACGGGAAGGUCUCGGAGUAUGAUGGGAAGAUGUAUGAUAGGCAGGGUAGAGUGGUGGAGCGAGCUGUAGAUGGGGGUAGGGCUCAGUUGUACAGGCAGAACCAGGAGGAGAUGAGUGAGUAGGGUCUGGUUCAGGAUAUUUAUUUGACGAAUUUGCUAUUACUUAGGCAGGGUGGACACCUACGACGUUGAGUGUGUACAUGGGGGCCUACGGCAUGGGAUGGCCGCUGUAACUAGGAUCAUGUAAAAUAGGGGGCGUACACUAAGUGGCAAUAAAAUACUGAAUUGUUU